AGAAGUUUACACUUUAGGCCUGUCCAAUGCGCGCCGCUGUGUAUGCUGAGCCAUUGCGUGCCUGCCCCCUUUCACAAUUAAAGUUCCCCUUGAAGAGGCUCGCAUUCAGUUGUACCUCCAGCCAGCGCACCACCAAGUUAUCAGCAAGGAUGGUGAUGGCUUCCCUGGAACAGGCGGCAAAUUUGUACCCCAUACCGCCUGGCUUGGCCAUUGACUACGGCACUGCUGGCUUCCGCGCGGAGGCGUCCACCCUGCCCUCCACCGUGUUCCGCACCGGGGUGCUGGCGGCGCUGCGCUCACGGCAGACGGGCGCAGUCACAGGCCUCGUCAUCACGGCCAGCCACAACCCGGAGGGAGACAACGGAAUCAAGGUAGCAGAUCCUAAUGGCGGCAUGCUGCUGCGGGACUGGGAGGCGGCCGCCACCGCGCUCGCCAACGCCCCCACCUCAGAAGCUCUUGCCGAGGCGGUGCAGCAGCUGGCUGUGCGGGAGGGCAUCCCUGCGCAGGCCCCCUCCGGCACUGUCCUCCUGGCUCGCGACACGCGGCCCAGCGGCCCCGCGCUGGCGCACGCUGCCACACAGGGCAUCGCUGCAGUGGGUGCAACGGUAGAGGACCGCGGAGUGCUGACGACGCCGCAGCUGCACUGGAUGGUGCGCGCCACCAACCGCGCGGAGGCCGCAACGGAGCAGGACUACUUCCGCACUUUGGCUGCGGGCUUCAGGGAGCUCCUCCUGUUGGCAGGCGCUGGCCGGCCCCCUUUGGCCCCCCUCCUGGUGGACGGCGCCAACGGCGUGGGUGCAGCCAAAGUGGAGCGGCUGGGGGCGCUGCUGGCUGACACGGGGCUGGCCUUCCGCGUGCGCAACAGCGGGCAGCCGGGGGAGGGCCGCCUCAACGCGGGCUGCGGGGCCGACUUCGUGCAGAAGGAGCAGGCGCCACCUGCGGGGGUGACUCUGGACGAGUUGCGCGCGGGGCGGGGGGCCAGCCUGGACGGCGAUGCGGACCGGGUGGUGUUCUACCACUGCGACGAGGAGGGGGGCUUCAAGCUGCUGGACGGAGACAAGAUCGCCGUGCUGGCAGCGGGGUUUGUGAACGAGCAGCUGCAGGCAUUGGGAGACGAGGGGCGGCGCUGGCGUGUGGGCGUGGUGCAGACCGCGUACGCAAACGGGGCGGCCACGGAUUACCUCCGCAACGGGCUGCAGCUCGAGGUGGCACGCACGGCGACGGGCGUCAAGUACUUGCACGAGGUGGCAGUGCAGUUCGACGUGGGCAUCUACUUCGAGGCCAACGGGCAUGGCACCGUGCUCCUCAGCGCCGCCCUCCUGGAGUGGCUGCACCAGCAGUCCAAGCUGGAAGGGGCCCCUGAGCGCCACACGGCGGUGCGACGUUUGCUGGCACUGGCUGGCACUGUGAACCAGGCGGUGGGCGACGCGCUGAGCGGGCUGCUGUUGGUGGAGGCGGUGCUGGCGUCACGGCGGUGGAGCACCGCGGACUGGGACGCGCUCUACACCGACCUGCCCAGCCGCCAGCUCAAGGUGACGGUUCACGAUCGCUCCGUCAUUACCACCUCACACGCGGAGACGCGCGCAGUGACCCCGGCUGGCCUGCAGGACGCGAUCGACGCGUGCGUGGCCGGAGUGUCGCAAGGGCGGGCCUUUGUGCGGCCGUCGGGCACCGAGAACGUAGUGCGAGUGUACGCCGAGGCAGCGAUGCGGGAGCAGGCGGCCAGCUUGGCGAACGAGGUGGCGCGCAUCGUGCAUCGACUGGCGGGAGGGCUGGGAACGUCACCCUGAGGCCUUGAGAAGAGACGGCUCGGGUCACCAGAGACCUUUGGGUCUGGCUGCAGAACACACAUCGGUCAUGCACAUGGCAAGCGCAGCUGAUCGGCACUCAAGAAAUGAUGGACUACCGGGCCUUUAAUUGUGCGAGAUACCUUCUUCCUUCGCGUAAUCACAGUGGCUUCUCUUACCCCUCCACAAGCUCAUCAUUGAUCGUGUCUGGCUUUUGUCUGUUUACAGUUGAUUUCCUAUUUGCAGCAAGUAAUCCUGUCAGCAUGGCCAAAAUUUUGAAUGGAAGGACAACAUCGCUACUAGUUAGAACAAGGCGAUUCUGGCUUGAAGCUAAUGACUAGUCCGGACCUUUUUCAUGUAGACCUUAUCACUUGGUCAGUUGUUCUCUUGAACAAUCAUUCAAGCGCUUUGAAAUUGC